CGAGAUGCGAGAUUGCUGUGACAGAUCUACCCUGCUAUCACAUCGUAGAUAGGUGGAUUUCAAAAGCCACCUCUGACCGAAGAGCUGCGAUCAUGCGGCUUCCAAGGAUCAAGUCCAUCCGCUCGGACAUUGACCUAUUGGAACUGUACAAGUUGUUCUUCGAAGGAUGCUCAGAAGUGUCCGAGACCGUACACCACCCCACCAGCUUCUAUCCAAAAGGUGGUCCCGCGCAGCUAUCCCAUUGGAUAAGCCAGAGAGAGGAAGGGAUCGUCAAAGUGGACGUGCUGCUAAAUCGAGGUGCUUGCGCCUUUGCGAUCGAGGCGACGGCAUCCCUCUACUCUGCCCUGGUCGCCGACUUGCGAACUUCCAGUGCAUCGGCUUCUGGGGUAUCUACGUCCGCACAAGGCGGCUAUGACGAUAGCGCAGUACGCUUGUCUUACUCAAUGGCAAUUGUGCGCUUCGUAAAUGGCAUCGUCGAUGAGCAGCAGACAGGUCUGUUUGCCGAGUCCAUCGCAAUGAUAGCCGCCAAGGUCGGCUUGCCUCUCUGGCUGGUGGAAAUACGCCAUGCGGCAACUCACCAAAAGUGUCCAACACUUCAGGCUCUGAGAGAAGGCGCCAUUACAGCUUUGCGCUGGCUGCAUGACUACUUUUGGGAGCAUUCAGUAGCGCUCGUGGACCGGUCCACCCGUUCACAAAUAGACUUUCCCGAUGAAGUAACAUUUCAAGGGUUACAAGCCCAUCCGUGAGUGAUGCAUGAUAGAAGUCAUGCUUUGGCCGACCUCCUGACGCAUGUUCCUCUAGGAUGGCGCCCCAAGAUGGUGACUCAGCCUUGGAAAGAUGCCGGGCUGCCGUAGCAGAGAUGGAGUCGCGAGCUAAAGCACGCGCAUCAGUUCAUUC